AGAAUAUUCUCUCUCUCUCUCUCCUUUCGGCGAUAAGGUUCUUGAGAGUUGUGACGCCAUUGCUCCUAUAAAUUAACGGCUCAAAUGAGAGGUUGAAGAAGAGAGGCCACUGCUUUCUUCCUCUCUCUGUUUCCAAUUUCUUCUCUGUACUCUCCCUGAGAAGAGCCGCCUACCCGAAGUCUCUACCAUGAUUGGGCCUUCUCCCUCCAACCUCAAAUUCGUCUGUAGCUACGGCGGCAAGAUUCUUCCUCGUCCCACUGACGGAAAGCUCCGCUACUAUGGCGGCGAGACCCGUGUUCUGUCUGUCGAUCGAUUCAUCCCCUUUUCCGAGCUGUUGGUGAAGCUGGGAGAAAUGUAUGGCUCACCAGUGAGUCUCAGGUGUCAGCUGCCAACCGAAGACUUAGACGCCUUGGUUUCCAUAACUUCCGAUGAGGAUCUUGCCAAUCUCAUUGAGGAACACGACCGAUGCAGCCCAUUGUCGCUCAAGAUUAGAGCUUUCCUCUCGCCACCCAAACCGACCAAAAAGUACCCGCGCCCGGUCUCAACUGCUUCCUCAUCCACCACAGAUGAUUCUUUGUCCCCUAAGGUGUCUUACACCUCCCCCAGACACCUAUCACCUCGAUGUGGUGGCUUGAAGUAUGCCAACCAGAUAUCUGCGUCUCCUUGUUAUGGCGGAAGACCUCCUCAGUGUGGCCACCACUUUGCUGCCGGAAACAAUGGCCAUGUUCAUUUGAUCCACCAUGGCAAUCAUUGGCAAUAAGCCUAGCGUUUAUAUAAUGUACGAGUAUAUUGAAGAAACCUGGAGUUGAAUUUAGUAUUAUGGAUCUUUCAAGUAUAUGAUGAUGGAUGGUCCCUUGCAAGCUAAGGCUCUUUUAUAAUGUCCUUGCAAGCUGAUUUGUAAAUAACUUCUACUUGGGUAUUAGAUUUCCAAUCAAUUUUUUGUAUUAAUCAAGUUAAAGCAUUGUC